AUGGCUGGGGCACAGACGGGCGACGAGAAAUCGUCUACCGCUCAAGAUGCUGCCUCACCAGCUGUGGCGAACGAGGGGAUGGAUCUCAUUGAACCAGUUCGAACGAAUAGCGCACGGCCGGCAUGCUUCAAAACGACACUACAAGAGGUACUGUUCGUGCUAACGGCAACAAUGGCCAUUGCAAUGACCAGCUUUCUGGCCGGCUCUGUCACGGUGGCUUCCUCUUUCAUUGGCAGAUCGCUGGACAUGACAACAGCUCAGAUCACAUGGAUCUCAUCGGCAAGCUCACUGAGCGCUGGCGCCUUCUUGCUCUUCUUCGGCAGGGUCGCCGACCUCUUCGGCAGGAAAAUGAUGUUUGUCGGUUCCCUGUUCUUGUUCGCAGUCUUUUGCCUUGCUGCAGGGUUCGUGCACGACGCAAUAACACUCGACAUCCUAAACGGUGUUCUUGGACUCUUCAGUGCUUCUGCAGUGCCCCCGGCUGUUGGCCUACUCGGCGUCAUUUACGAGAAGCCGAGCAAACGCAAGAACGCAGCCUUCGCUUGCUUCAGUGCUGGCAAUCCGCUGGGAUUCGUCUUUGGGACAAUAUUCGGCGGCAUCGCAACAACACUUUUCGGAUGGCGAGCAUCUUUCUGGCUGCUUGCCAUCAUCUUCCUCGUUUUCACGAUCAUCGCUGUUUUCAGCGUACCGAAAGACUUCACGGCAAAAGAGCCAUUCAACUGGGAUACGUGGAAGCGUUUUGAUCUGGUGGGAACUGUCCUUACCGUCGCCGGUAUAGGCAUGUUCUCAGCAGCUCUCAGCCUGGGAGAUACCGCACCUCAGGGAUGGACGACGCCAUAUGUCCUCGCGCUUCUUAUCGUCGGCCUGCUCCUCAUCAUAGGGUUCAUAUGCUGGGAAUGCUGGUGCAAAUGGCCCUUGAUGCCCAUGGGUAUCUGGAAAGAUCGCGAUUUCACUCUCGUACUAUCGAUCCUGUCGCUCGGAUUUGUGGCCUUCACCCCAGCGUCCUUCUUCGUCUCGCUGUACUUCCAGGAUGUCUGGCACAUGUCUGCUAUCAUGGUCGCGGUCCACUUGCUGCCGAUGGCCAUCAACGGCAUCAUCGUCAACAUCUUUGCCGGCUGGGCUCUUCACCGCAUCUCAAACAAGCUUCUCAUGUAUAUUGGAAGCGGAGCGUAUGCGAUCGCCAUGCUGCUUUUCGCCCUCAACACCAUCCACGACAGCUACUGGGCUUUCUGCUUUCCGGCAUUCCUUCUGCUUGUCGUAGGAGCCGACCUGGAGUUCAACGUCGCCAACAUGUACGUCAUGUCCUCGAUGCCGCCGUCACAGCAAAGCACUGCUGGUGGGAUAUUCCAGACCGUUACGAAACUGUGCAUGACGAUAGGGCUGGGGAUCAACACAGCCGUGUUUAAUUCUGUGCAACAGAAGCCAAGCCUGUCGAACUAUUGGGACAGAAUGACGCAGCCCUACGCGGCAGUGUUUUGGUUUGCUUUCGCAGCUACUACACUGAGCGUGAUGCUGGUGCCGUUCUUGACGAUAGGGACGCAGGGAGGAAGGGAGAAGAGUGUAAGCACUGAAGCCUCCAAGGAUCUGAGAUCUGAAAAGUUCCAGCCUGGCAAGAUUGGUGACAGGCAGCCCGAAGCGGCAGUUGCUCAUCAACCGCCUUCGAAAGAGUUGACAUAG